UUUUGACCCCCCUCUGUCUUUCUACUGUGUAAUAACAGAGCUGCUUUUGACUCAAUUAGAAGUCUUGUCAUAUGCUGCAGAGCUGGAAUCACUGAUUCCUAGGUCUAAGCAUUAGACCUACUUUGGGCUGUGGUUCUGCUUGUGCCAGCACUGGGCCCUCCCCUACUAGCAGCUGAAAUCACUAAAGAGCUGAAGUUACUAAGAGCUGAAAUUGCUGAGUUAAGUGGAGGGGUUGAAGGCAUAUUGGUGAUGGCUGGCGGAGAGGAGCAGCCAGCAGAGUGGCUGGUGGAGAGGCAUAGCUGGUGAUGAAGACUGCAGCAGAACCCCAUGGAGAGGCAUAGCAAUUAGUCAUUGACCCGAGCAGUGGAGCAUGUAAGAUGCCACCAUACCUCCCCCUACUUCCACCCAGGCUCGGAGAGCCAAGGAUGUUUGCAUUGCUUUACAUUACAAGUUUUGCCAUCUAUACAAGCGGACAAUCUCUUCACAACCAGCUCAAAGGAGAAAAUUACUACACGAGAUAUAUUUGUAGCACUCCUGGCUUGCCGGGCCCUGCAGGUCUCCCCGGAGCUAUUGGAUCACCAGGGCCCCAUGGGCGUAUUGGUCUUCCAGGAAGAGAUGGUAGAGAUGGCAGGAAAGGAGAAAGGGGUGAAAAAGGGAAUGCAGGUUUAAGAGGCAAGACUGGACCUUUAGGAGCAACUGGAGAUAAAGGAGACCCAGGACAGUCUGGUAAAAAAGGACCUACAGGAUUGGUUGGUGCCAAAGGCGAAGUGGGUCCCUCUGGACCACCUGGGCCUAAGGGAGAUAAAGGAGAACGAGGAGAACGAGGUGUACCAGGGAUCUGUAAGUGUGGAAGGAUAGUGCUGAAAUCUGCCUUUUCUGUUGGCAUCACCACGAGCUACCCAGAAGAAAGAUUACCAAUCGUAUUCAAUAAAGUCCUUUUCAAUGAGGGUGAGCAUUACAGUCCUUCCACGGGGAAAUUUAUAUGUGCCUUUCCAGGGAUUUAUUACUUCUCUUAUGAGAUCACCUUAGCAAAUAAGCAUCUUGCAAUUGGGCUGGUUCAUAAUGGGAAAUACCGAAUAAAGACAUUUGACGCUAACACAGGAAACCAUGACGUAGCUUCUGGAUCCACAGUGAUCUAUCUUCAGGCAGAAGAUGAAGUGUGGCUUGAGAUCUUCUACACUGACCAAAAUGGUCUCUUUGCAGAUCCCACUUGGUCAGACAGUUUGUUUUCUGGAUUUCUCUUAUAUGUUGAUACAGAUUAUCUUGACGCCUUAUCUGAUGACGAUGAACUGUGAUAUGGGAGAUGUCAAAACAUCUCCAAACAAACUAGACAAUCUGACACAGGAUUUGAUUUGGAGUGUAUAGGAGACAAAACAAUAAUGAUAUGAACUGGAAUUUUAUUUUUGCUUUGAUGGGACCACAAAUCGAAUGUGGAAGAAGGUUUCCAGCCUCUAUGCAGGACAUUUUACCAAAGAGCAGGGAUAACAAAAUUAAUAAUAUACUAAUGAAUGACUGUCACUCCAGACCUGCAUCCUCUUAAAGAUUAUGUUUAUAAUAAUAUUUAAACAAAUUUAAGAUAAUGUACAUCAAAUUUUAUAUAAAAUAUAUUGAGUUGUGAAGUGACUGAUAGAGUGAUAUUGACUUAUUAAACCUCUGGAUACUUUGUAUUUGUUAUUAAAGGAAAAUUGAAUGCC